CGGUUUGAACUUACUGGAACUUUCCUUAAGUCUUAUUUAUUUUGAGCAAGAUGCCUGAUCUUCUGGUGUUGGUCGAGGGGGUCUGUGACCUGCACGGGUUUUCUUAGCCGGGCGGUUGGAUUAUUGAACAGUGUCCAAGGAUUUUGUGGAAAUGUUGGGUCUUCAAGAAGAUAAAUUAUGUGGAAUUGUCUCAGCGUUGGCUGCUUUGUCCCUCGUCUGCUUUGCUCAAAGCACCUCCACUGGAAAUACAGGAAUAUCUGUGGCCAAGAAGACAGUGGACAAAUUGCUGAAGGGAUAUGACAUCCGCCUGCGGCCUGAUUUUGGAGGUCCUCCUGUCAUCGUGGGAAUGAGCAUUAACAUUGCCAGCAUUGACUCCAUCUCAGAAGUCAACAUGGAUUAUACUAUUACAAUGUAUUUCCAGCAAAGCUGGCGAGACAAGCGGCUGGCCUAUGCCGAGCUGCCCCUCAACCUAACUCUGGACAACCGUGUCGCCGACCAGCUCUGGCUCCCCGACACCUACUUCCUCAACGACAAGAAGUCUUUCCUCCAUGGAGUGACUGUGAAGAACCGCAUGAUUCGACUGCAUCCUGAUGGCACAGUUCUGUAUGGACUCAGAAUAACCACAACAGCUGCCUGCAUGAUGGAUCUGAGAAGAUACCCCCUUGAUGAACAGAACUGCACCCUAGAAAUUGAGAGCUAUGGAUACACAACGGACGAUAUAGUGUUCUUCUGGCAAGGUGGUGACAGUGCCGUGACGGGUGUGGACAAGCUGGAGCUGCCUCAAUUCUCCAUUGUGGAGCUGCGGCUGGUGUCCAGGGAAGUCAGGUUCACAACAGGUUCUUACCCUCGGCUGUCCCUGAGCUUCAGGAUCAAGAGGAACAUUGGCUACUUCAUCCUGCAGACAUACAUGCCUUCUAUCCUGAUCACCAUCCUCUCCUGGGUCUCAUUUUGGAUCAACUAUGAUGCCUCUGCCGCUCGAGUGGCCCUUGGUGUUACGACGGUGCUCACCAUGACGACCAUCAACACCCACCUGCGAGAGACCCUCCCAAAGAUUCCCUAUGUGAAAGCCAUCGAUGUCUACCUCAUGGGCUGCUUUGUGUUUGUGUUCCUGGCCCUGCUUGAAUAUGCCUUUGUAAACUAUGUGUUUUUUGGUCGUGGGCCCCAGCAGCAGAAGAAGAUCAACGAGCGGCUCAACAAAGCCAACAAUGAGCGCCCACGAUAUGAAGACAAGCGCAUGAGAGAACAGGACUCCAUUUCAGCGCCGUUUCAAACCAACACCCUCAGGUCAUAUACACAGCGAAGGAAUCUGUAUCUCGAGGAACAAAGAAAAGUUGGGGUGGAUGCAUACGGGAACAUUCUCCUCACCCCGCUGGAGAUGAACAAUGAGGUGAUGCCCUCUGACAUUGGCAGCAGCGUCAGCGACUCCCGGAAUUCCGUCAUGUCCUUCGACAGCUCCGGCGUGCAGUUCCGGAAACCGAUCACGUCUCGGGACGGGUUCGGCCACCACUCGCUUGACCGCAGUGCCAUGCGCAACCGGGCCAACUGCAGGCUACGAAGGCGAUCAUCAAAGCUGAAGCUGAAAAUCCCAAACCUUACCGACGUCAGCACCAUUGAUAAAUGGUCCAGGGUCAUUUUUCCAAUUACCUUUGGAUUCUUUAACCUAAUCUACUGGUUAUACUAUGUGAAUUGAUGCGCAUCCACUUAGGAAACAUGGGCCAUAUUUUGAGAGCACAUUAAAUUGGCUUUGAUACAGUUGUAAAAUAUGCAAAUACAUAUACUGCUUAGUCUAUAUGUAUGU